AAGUAGUGGAAAUAAGGCUCUUGGAUAAAGAUGAUUUCUUGACGACAAUUCUUACAAACUAGAUGGAUGUGAGUUAGGAAUAUGAUGGUUACUUAUACCAGAUUAUUAUACUUUUGCUUCACAUGUUGAUGUAGGGCAGAGUAGGGCAGCAGAACUUAGAAAGAUUAGUGGAAGCGUAAACACAGAAAACUGGAAUUGCUCUAGGGGCCUCACAUCCGUUCUUGGCCUCACACCAACAAUUGAAAUUUGGAAUCACUCCAAACAAAUUAACACCACCUUCUGCUUCCUAAUGGGUGAAUUGGAGUGCGCCAUCAGAACCUUAUGGAUAUGGUUGAGGUGUGCCACCUGAUGCUUGGUGCCACUACCUUGUCAAAUUCCAUUUCACGUCAUCCUUAACGUUAACUAGAUGAGUUAGCACUAGGGCUCCGAAUUAUAAUCCCAAGUACUGAGCUAGAGAAAGAAUCCAGCUUCAUCUCAUCUUCUUUGGAAGUUUUUAUAAGUUUCUUGAUUUACUUUCUAUUUUCAUUUUUCCUAAUCUGCUACACUCCUUGCAUACAUGGGCUCUAUGUCUUUCAAUGAAAUAGUUUGUGAAUGUUAUGUAAGCUUCAAGAAGAUAUGCAAGUGGAUUUACAAUUGCCCUAUAUAAUAUAAUAUAUGCAUGUGAUUUAUUUUCUUAGUUUUACACCUCUUUGUAUCACAAUGCUUGUAUUAACAGUGAAAAAAAAAAAAAAAAAACAUUCUGAAUGAACAGGUUAGGUACAAAAAAUGGCUUUGGUGGACUCGGUUUGCCACAGUUAUUACAGUACUGCAAUUUAUUGGUGCAUCUUACCUUCUGUACAAUAUGGCUAGCCAUAUGUCUGACAAUGGAACAUCAAGUCAUUGCAAUUUUGUGUUUCACAGGAACUGAUAUUUUAAGAUGGAGAUCUUUUUAUGCAACUGAAGAUGAUGCAUGGAAAGCUCAUUACAGGGAGGUAUUUGAUCAUGGCCUUCGUGAGGCUUUGUGCUGUAUGGGACGCGUCAAAUACUUGAGUGUAUUGGAAGAAGAUGAGGUUUUCUCAGUAGCUCGAUUACUCGGUGAUCUUGUUGCCUAUCGUGCAGCAGGCACAGGACAUCUGGAACUCAUGGCAGGUCUAGCACUAUUGAGGAACCAGACACAAUCACCCAAAUCCUUUGAAGAUUGCAUGGAUAUACCUGAAGAGAAGAUCAGGGAGGCUGCUGAUCUUCAUAAAUUCGCAGAAGCUGCAUACACGGGACCAUUACUUGAUUUUGGAAGAAAUCCUUUUUUAUUUCCAUGUGCGUGGCUUUAUAGGCAAGGGAUUUUGACCCCAUGGACUCGUAACAGGCGACCCGUACUUGAUGGUGAUAAUUGGUUGCGAGGUCAUGCAGCAGCUUUUCUAAAAUAUGUUAAGUUGUCACCAGAGGUACUUAGGAAAGGGCGUGUUAACCAGGCAAAGUGUAAAGCUGCAUACUUUGUUCUUGUGCUGCAUCAUCUAAGAUCUGUGGUGAUUGCUGUUCGGGGAACUGAGACCCCAGAAGAUCUAAUAACCGACAGUUUAUGUAGGGAAUGUGCUCUGUCUGUAGAAGACUUGGGUGGAUUGAUAAAUAGCACUAAUAUUCAUCCUCAAGUGAGGCAAGCUGUGAUUUCAUCUUUCCCGCACCAUGGGCACUCUGGUAUUGUUGAGGCUGCUAGAGAUCUUUUCAUGCAAAUUGAAGUCAGCCCUAGAGAUGAUGGAUCUGGUUCAAGUGGCCUUCUUUCUUCUUUGCUUGGAGUUGGAUGUGAGUGUGAGGGGUACAGCAUACGCAUAGUAGGCCAUUCCCUAGGAGGUGCUAUUGCUGCAUUGCUUGGGCUCAGACUAUAUCACCGAUACCCAGAUAUGCAUGUCUAUACAUAUGGGGCCCUUCCAUGUGUGGACUCAGUUGUAGCAAAUGCAUGUUCUGAAUUUGUUACAAGCAUUGUAUACAACAAUGAAUUCUCAGCACGCUUAUCAGUUGGAUCAAUCAUGCGGCUUCGUGCAGCUGCAAUUACAUCAAUGUCACAAGAUUCAGAAACUGAUACGGCUAUGAUAUUAAGGCUUGCGCGCCAUUUCCUUCAUGUAAACAAGUGCCAGCAAGAUGGGACUGAUGUAAAGGAUUCAUCUUCAGAUGAAAAACUAAACCACCAAAUAUAUGAAAAUCAGUAUGAGGAUGAUGUGGCAGCUUGUCAGGAACAGCAUCAAGAUUUCAUCCUGUGGAAUGAUGCUGACAUGGAGGAAAGAGUUCUUGAAAGUGAUCAAGAUCAAUUUACCAACCCUUUUGCUAGUGACGUUAUUUCAGACCAUGACCCUGUGUCCCAAUUUAUGGAAAGUGUCCCAAAAUCUGGAAGUUUGACAGCUAGGGAUCCCCCGGAGAUGUAUCUGCCAGGCCUUGUAAUUCAUAUAGUACCACAACCAAGAAGAUUCAAUAUGUCUUCAUCUAAAAGCCAGAGAGUUCACGAAAAGACACACUGUCAUAAGGCUUAUGUUGCAAACAGAGAAAGCUUCAAAGAUAUUAUUGUGUCACCAUCAAUGUUUCUUGACCAUCUUCCUUGGAGAUGUCACGAUGCAAUGAAAAAGUUGUUGCAAGCUCAAAGUUCCCAGGUCCAAAGCUCACCAGUUUGAAGUUCCCAGGUUCUUCCUAAUCAAUCUUCUGAGACUGGUUUAUGUGCCCCGAGAUUACACAUAAGGCUCCCUUUUGUCAGUGGAGUUUAUUUUCUUAACUGGAACUGGCAUGGCUAUAUCUUGAUCACUGUUGUUACAAACCAGUCAUGUCUCCUGAUCAUCUAUUUGAACUGGGCUGUUCAUACCUCAACUCAACGGCGCCUGAACCAAUAAUUUUUGCUUCGCAUCCAAAAAUCUUCUGGGGGCUUGGAUAUCUCGUAGCUUUGACUAUUUAGCUUUUGCAGCAUUGGAGCUAGAGGCAGCCGAAACUCAUUUUAUUGAAAAUCGAAGAAGCUUGAUUGACAGUAGUAUUAGACAUUGGACGCAGAGACUCAUUUUUUCCUGUUUCUUUCGUCAUUAAGCUGCUUGUUUUACAGCUUAACGACACAGGUUUGCUACUUGUAAAUAUUGCGACCCAAAAAAUUUGGAUGUGUUACAAAUAACGUUAACUUUAAAUUAAUUUUAAAAAUUCGGGGAUUUGCUCGUCA